AUGACAACAAUAGAAGAAAUCUUAGCUAGAUUUAUUUUUCUCUUUCUUAAACAUUUAAGUAUUGAAUUAAAUAAUUUAAUUAUUAUUAAAAAUAAUCAUCAAUUGCCAAAAAAAUCAAUUCUACGGAAAUCAUACGAUAAAAAUCUUUCAUUAAAUCAAAAUAAUUCUAUACUUUUAUCACAACCAACAGAAUCUUUAACUCGUCGUAAAGUUCUUUUUACACAUGUUGAUUCAUUUGAAUUUGAUCCUCAAAUUCCAUGUAGAUUUAUUAGUUUACCACGACGUGAACAAUUUUAUUUAUCAACUAAUGAUGAGCAAAUGCAAUGUUUAUGUCAUCAUCAUCUAAAGACAAAUUUUAAAAACAAAUCCAAGAUUGAACAUAAACGUUAA